GGCUACACUAGCCUAUUUAUACAGGCAGCUUGGCAUAGCUAGUCGUGCUGAUUCAGCCCAGAUUUGUGGUUGCCUCACGCUAUUGCAGGCAUGGAUUUACGAGUAUUUUCCCAUGUUUCGGCCUAACCGCACUAGGAGGAUGAGACCUAUAGGAUCUGCUUCGGCACUGAGUUGGGAGGUUCGGCAUGAGAACAGGGGGAUUGACCGACUACUGAGUAUUCGACAGGCAUUGGAUCAGACGAACGACAUGCAGCCUGAUUGGUUACCUUAUGGUAUAUGUCCGGUAUCUGCUUAUCCUCGUAGCACGUACUACGGGUGGCUGCGAUACUUGGAUAUCGUUGAGCCGUAUAUGCCAGAUCGUACUUUACGCCAGCUUGGAUUCAUUCAGGAGGUUCCCCAUCAUAUUUUGGAGCCGGAGUCUUGCUAUAGGCCUUCUGCUGGGAUAGGUACAGGGUAGACUUCUCAUUUAUAGCACAGCGACAGACAUGGGAUUUAUUUCCACGUGCUUCACAGCUUAUGUUGGGUGGUCUGCAUAAGGCCCCACUUCCUUCGAUGGCGACAGAUGCUUACAUGCAGUGGUAUGAUGCGUACUCCCAUCGUUUCAUCAUUAACCCGACUGAGUUGCCAGAUGGUGGAGCCGGAUCAAAUUAUGUUGAGGGUUUGGUUCCAGAUCAGGUAUUAGCUUCGAUGUUCGGUAUGAUGGACCCGUUUAUUGAACGGGACACCAGUGAUCUGCCCGAUGAUUUUCGAGCAUUAUUUGAUGGACUGUUUGGAUGGUAUGAGGCAUGGAACCUUACCCGUGGUGUGGAUCGACGUCGGAGAACGUAGUCAUAUUUUGUAUUUUUAUUUGAACUAAUUAUCGAUUUAAUGAGAUUUGUAUUUUUAUUUGAACUUAUUGUUUUUCGGCUAUAGUGUAACGAUUUUAUAUGAGUGUUUAUUGUUUUUCUGCGAGUUAAUUGAAAACAUAUUUGAGUAUUUUUUGUUAUAAUGAACUGUCCUUUCAUUUAAUAG